AUUCUAUGAGGGGUCGGGUUAUGCUGGCGCGGCGGGCGGGCGCCUGACCACUGGCCGCGGACGGCGUGACGGCGCGCGGCGUCCGCACGAGACUCUCCGGGCCUCUCCGAACGAGACUCGCGGACGUUUGUCCCGGCGUCAGUCACAACUCUCGCGUACAGCCUCGAGGCAAGCUGCGUGUACCAUUCUCUCGCGGGUUUUCGCGCCAAAUAUUACGAUCGCUACAAAUUAUGCGCGUCGUCUUUAAUUUUUUAUUUAUUUUUUAUUCUGAUUUACUGAUGGAUUUUGAUUCGGACUUGGCACCGUUUAAUUGACUUUAAUUGUGAUGCGUUUAUUUAUUGUGAUUUUUAUUUUGUUCUUUGUGUUUUUACCUAAAUCUACUAAGGCGAUUCGAUGGCUAGCGCUUCAUGAGAACGAAGGCAACUGGACGGAGGCGGAGUGCGGCGAGGCGCGGCGGCGGGGCGAGCUGUGGGGCGGGCAGGCGCGCGUGUGCCGCCGCCAGCCGGCAGCCAUGCCGCACGUGGCAGCCGCCGCGCGCCUGGCCCGCGCAGCCUGCCUCGCCGCGCACGCCGGCGAGCGCUGGAACUGCAGUUCCAUCGAGUUCGCGCCGAGAUACACGCCCGACUUACUCACAGGUACGCGCGAGCAAGCCUACGUGUAUGCGAUGUCGGCGGCGGCGCUGUCGUGGUCAGUGGCGCGCGCGUGCGCGUCGGGCGCGCUGGCCGCAUGCUCGUGCGCCGCUCCGCCGCGUGCUCCGCCGCGCCCGCCGCGCCAGGCCGCGCCGCCCGAGCCGCACGCGCGUUUCAAGUGGGGCGGCUGCGGAGACAAUUAUCAGUGGGCUGAGAGAUUCGCGAAACAAUUCUUGGACACACACGAGAUAGACGUGCGAGAUGGUAGAAUAGAAGACGAUAUCAUCGAGUGGGAGCCGACCACCGAGAAGACCACCACCCUGGAGCCGACCACGAUGCCUCCCGUCGUCAUAUUGGUGGACGACCAGCCGGCGCCGCCGAACACCACCGCACCUCCGAGAAAAAAAGGUCGACGGGGACGCAAACGUUUGCCGAGGUCACCGAGACGAGGACGGCCCACAAGGAAAAGAUUCAGAUCCAGAUACGACUACGAUGACGAGAAAGAAUUUGAACAUCGAAACAUAGAGUACCGCAUGGCGGCCGACGACCCGCGCUUCGACCCUCAGGUAGACCUGCACACUCGGCUGCUACAUCUGCGGCCGCUCAUUGCAGCUGCCAACCUCAUCAAUAGCCGCUUCGGAAGAAAGGUGGUAUCGCAAGGCAUGCGCACCAAGUGCACAUGUCACGGCGUGUCGGGCUCGUGCUCCGUGCGCACCUGCUGGCGCGCGCUGACUCCGCUGGCGCGCGCGGCCGAGGCCCUGGCGCACGAAGCCGCGCGCGCUGCCCCCCUCGCGCCGCGCACGCCCCCGCGCCGCCACCGCCGCACGAAGACGCGGCUGCGCUACGUCACGCCCAGCCCAGAUUACUGCGAGCCCGACCCCGCCGCUGGUUCAUUGGGCACACACGGCAGGAAGUGCAACGCGACGCUAGGCGGGGCAGCGGGCGGGUGCGGGCGGCUGUGCUGCGGGCGCGGGCGGCGCGCGGUGCGCUCGGCGCGGCUGGAGCGCUGCCGCUGCCGCUACCACUGGUGCUGCCGCGUCGACUGCCAGCUGUGCCGCGUCACCAGCGAGGACCACUAUUGCAACUAGCUCCACUGUCGCACAACUUAUUCAACAAGCAACGCAAAAGUUGCAUAGCUGCCUAGCUCCAGAUCUUAUUUUAUAGUAAGUCUUUGUACCAACACGUGGGUUACAACUUAAAAGGGCCAACGUGACGAAAAAUUUCAAAUAUUUUUAUUCCGAGGUCGAUUCACGAAAAAAAUCAACAGCAUUUAGUAGAUGUUUUAAGAUUCAAUUCACUGGAAUUUUUUAUUUUCGUGUUCCACUCGACGUUCGCAUAAUUUAACCUUGACCACAUUAACUCAUAAUAUUCAUCUUGCCCCGGCACUAUGCAGUUUAUUUAAUUCAGUUGCAUUAAUGCCAAAAACACUUCUCGUACAUAGCAGUCAUAAUGACCUACCUCAUAACAAGAGCGGGUUUUCUAAAUUAAAUGUUGAUAAAAUGCUAGUAAUAGUACCUACCUAUUCAUGAAAAUACAGUAGGUACCUACCUAUCUACCAAUUAAUAGCUUAUUCUACAUGAUUGUCUAUUUUACUUAUCUUACUGGCGGCCGGCGACUUCGGUCGGGUUGAACUAUUUUUUCAAUAGACGUAGGUAAAUCUUUUAAUGGUAAAGUGAUGAUUUAGUAUUAUUACAAAUGAAUUAAAACCGUUUACAUUUACGAGUUCAGUUUAUGACGUCAGAAAUCAGAUACGUCCUACUUACCUCCCUAAAAACAUUUAAUGUAAUAUUAUUUUAAAUAACUAGGACACAAGAACGGAUAUCUUUAACCAAUCAGACUCUUUAAAGAUGACGUGAUAAUUUCAUCACAUUAUCUCCCAAUGAUCUCACUGGUCUAUUCCUGUACACUCAAGUCCCGCUUCGUUGACUCUCCCUAAAGAAUGCUUAACAAUGUAAUCUCAAUCAAUCUUUGUGUCGGAACCUUUGAGUCAAACAGAAAAGAGAUCCUUUCCAUCCAAAGAUAAUUAUUUUUUUGCAUGUACAAUUUACAGACUAGUCAUACUCUAAGUAAAUCGAUGUAAAAUUUUCAGUUAUUUAUUUACUAUUUAAGUAGAAAUUAUAAAAAAGAAAUUGUUUUAUUUUAUUACUUGUCUCGCGUUGCAUCUUGCACAUAAUUUCUAUUUUUCUCUGAGACUGAAGACACUUACUAAUUUUAAGUUUUUAUCUACAGUAA